UGGAACUGAAUUUGAAUUCUGAAUGAAUUUAAAAAUAAAAAUUGAGUUCUGUUCUUUAAUUUUCUCCAGCUCUCUUUAGUAUUCCCUAAUUAAAAACUGUGAGUCAACAAAUAAUCAUCCGAUUUUACAAUUAUGUUUCGACGAUCUCGAAUUAAGAUCACACCAAAGAUUCCACAAGCCAAAACUCCAGCAACUGAGUUGAUUGAUUCAACUAGAUUACAGCAACAACAAAAUCUUAACCAGCAACAAAUCUACCAACAGCCCAAUGGCUCUAUGCAAGGUGUUGGUCACUAUGGUCAACCCCAACAUUAUUCACAAACCCUUGAAAGGCCAAGAUCAUUGGGAAUUAAUCAAAUAGAUGGUUUUCAUAAUAUGGAUCCAAUGACUAUACCACAAGCAAUUCCAAAUCAUCCACCACCUGCUUAUUAUCCUCCUGGUAGUAUUAUGAAUCAGAAUCCUUAUCAUACGGGAAAUCAAGGAGCAAUUAAUGAGAUAACAUCAACAGGUAGUCAUACACCACCACCAUCUUACUUUGCUACUCCUGGAACCGGAGAUUCAAUGAUUUCUAUUAAUCAAAUGACAGAAAGUCAAUUAAAUCAAGGUCAACCAACAAGAAGAAUUAAUUCUCAAGGAUCAUCAUCAGCAUCAAUCACAUCUCGCCCCUCACAACCUCCACCCGCACCUCCCAGUAACCCACCUGCAGGUCAAUCACUUACAAGAGAAAGUCUUCCACCUCCACCACCUCCACCACCACCAAGCUCAGGAAUGAAUAGUGUGGUUAGAGGUGACAGUUUACACAACGAAUUGCCACUUCCUCAUCUUCCAUCAGGGACACCUGUUGAUGAAGAUGCUCCUGUUAAUGAGCACGGUCAGCCAUCAAAACGAAUAAGAUUAACACCAGAAGAUUUACUUAACAGAAAUUCCAUCACAAUUUUUCACCUCAUUCAUGGUUCCAUUUCUCGGACCAAAAACCAAAGGAAAAGAAAACCACUGACCCGAGCUGGAAGUAAAGAUCCUGAAAACGACGAAACUCCAAAUAUCGAAAACGAUGACAGUAUGAUCAUUGGACCUCGUGUAAAAGUUGGUCCUGAUGGUCAGAUAAUAAUUGAUGAAGAAUCUUUGGUGAUCAAGAAAACAAAGCCCGUUGAAACGACAUCAGUUGAAGAAUCAGUCAGUGGUAAAACGACAUAUGCCUCGUUUCGUAAGCGACCGCCGACCGCUCGAUGGAGUAAAACGGAAACAAUUGAAUUUUAUACAGCACUUAACCUAAUUGGGCCUGAUUUCUCAUUGAUGUCAACCCUUUUUUUUAACGGAAAACGAACUCGGACAGAUUUGAAGAACAAAUUUCGACGAGAAAAUAAAUUAAACCAACCUGUUAUCGAGAAAGCCUUAUACGAGGCCGAUGUCGAUUAUUGUUUAGCUCGAGUAGCCAGUUGAUUGUUUACCCAAUUAUAUAUCAUCAGUAUUCAUUUUUCCAAUCUUAGUUAGAUUGUUGUUUUAAUUUCUCACUGAGUUGUCAUCAAAAUCUCCUCAGGCUAAAAGUGAAAAUCAAUUUCUCUCUUUCUCUUUACCAUUUAUAUGAAAAUCAUACACUCGAUGGAAAAUCUAAUCGUUGUGAUUGUAAUCUAUUAAUUAUUGUAUCAUCGAUAUGUAUUUAAUCAAAGAGACGAGACUUUGACUUGCGAUAAUUUAUCAACUAAACAAUAAUCGUAGUUAAUUGUGACAAUUGUAUUAAUAAACCUCUUGUUUCUGUUCACAAUUAAACAGAUGAAAAUCUUGUUUUCUCAUUUGAUCAACAA